GUGUAGUGUUGGCCCUCGCUAUACAUGCCCAUGGUACGCGCGCGGCACGGCGCGUGGACAGGCUUAGCUGGACAGGCUUUGCACGGUAGAGCACAUGGCGUCGUCGUCAACAUCCCAACCCGAACCAAGCCCUGAAGGCAUCGCACGUCCCGUGUCGUAUGUUGCGCGGCGAGUUUGCCAGCCCAUCGUCAGGCGAGCCAUGCCAGGAGAUGUGUGAUGCCAAACCUCAGGCUUGGUUUGUAGCAGCUCGUCAGGCAAGCCAUGCCAUGCCAUGGCAUGGCACGUGACGGCGACUGCCUGCCUUCUCCCGUCACCUCGUCCACCUUGCUCCAGCGAGAUGCAGUGCGCUCUACCGGCCACGCGUCACUCUCUCAGGCGCAGAUGAGUGAUCAAUUUUUCCGAAUGCCUUCGGGCCUUUACCGAGGUUCUCUCACAGCGGGGAACCCUCGCUUGAACAUUACAAAUCGCCGCGGGAAUUCCCUCCCUUCGUCCUUCCCUUCCGAGCACCCGCCGCAUGCAUGGCGAUGCGGGCAUGCAACAACACAUUCAAUGUGCGCUCAUGCUCUCUAAUCAACUAUCGCGCGGCUUUCUUCGUCGCGCCGCAUCGCGUCCGCUCCCAACCCCACUCCCACCCCUCCGACUCGAGCCGCCUCCACCUCCAUAAGUUCCUCCCGCUCCCUCUUUCUCUCCAUCCGUGCCGAGUUUCCCGUUCUCGAAUCCCCUUCCGCUACUACCCUUUUCGCUCUUAACCCUCCCACAGCUCUCACGCUCUUGCUCGCUCGCUCGCUCGCCAGCUACCCUACCCAACCAGCCACCCGCCAUGGCGACGCCUUCCCCGCUCAAGUCCGUGCCGGCGCACUCGUGGGAGACGGAGCCGGAGGGCGCGCUGGAGGGCAUCGUGCUGGAGGACGACGCGAUCUUCGACCCGGUGAAGGCAGUGAAGGGCAAGGUGGAGAAGCUGGUGCCGUCCGCGGAGGGCCACAAGCCCACGCACUGCCUCGCGCGCCUGCGCUUCCAUCCCAACACCGAGAAGCAGCUUAACAACAUGAUCAAUGUGGAGUACGCCAUGUCGUAUACCUUCCACAGCAUGAGCAACUACUAUGCUCGCGAUUGCGUUGGUCUACCAGGGCUUGCAACGCUUUUCUUGAAGCGCAGCCAUGAGACCAGGAAGAACGCCAUCGAGCUCGCUGCCUACGUUUCCAAGCGCGGAGGGUGUGUGGUGCUGAAGCCCAUUGCUGCUCCUGAGGGCGAGUACGGUGACCCUCAGAAGGGGGAUGCUCUCAGCGGCAUGGAGUUGACACUGGCUAUGGAGAAGGCAGAGACUGACAAGUUCCUUUCCCUCAACAAGGCUGCGGAGGAUGUGGUCGAUGAGCAACUCUCUGAUUUCCUCACCGACAAUUUCAUCGACAAGCAGGUGGAUCUCCUCAAGCUCCAUGCGAUCUACGUGUCGCAGCUGCGCCGUGUGCACACCGGCCAUGGGCAGUGGCACUGGGACAAGACCCUCGCAGAGGAGCUUGGGUCUUCAGCCAUGUGAAUGUACACAGGAUUCUGAAACGGCCGUGUAGAUGGAUGAGAAGUGAUGGCUAUUUGUGCAUAGAAUGUGCACUUGUACAUAGUGGAUGCAUAAAUACACACUGGUUUUGAUUCUGCGAAAUGUCUCUUAUCGA